CAUCAUCACGGACGGUUCUAAAUUCGCUUCACAAAACGCCACAUUAUUUCCACAAGAAAUAAAAAAAAAAAAUAAAUAAAGAAACAACAAUAAGGAUAUUUUUUGUGUAUCAACCACCUCUUCUACCCUCUACUAUACACACUGUCAUACUGUACGUAUGAGUAAUAGAGUUUAGCAGUAAAAAUAAAACAAACAAGAGGAAAUUCUAAAAUUAAAAAAAAGAAACAAAAAAUUUAAAAAAAAGCUAACACGACUGAUUGAUUGAAAGACGGUUGGCAUGUCAGUCAUUUGAAUUCGAAUUGAAGUAAAGUGAACCAAUAGUGUAUAGAGUGUAUCAAUAAUACUAAAGCAAUUAAAAUAGUAAAAAAAUAACUACAGCAAUAGUAAACAGCAUUUAUAGUGAAAUCAGUACUUUAUUUAAUAAUCAUCACAUCACUACUACGCACACACGCUGGCAAAUAAACAAGUUAUAAAAAUAAAAGUGAACAAAAUAUAGAAAAAAAUAUAUAAAAACAAAUAAGAAAAAUCUACAAAAACAACAAAGUUUAUUCAACUUCCGGUAACGAGGUCGUAACUAACACACAUCUAUAAAUAAGUGUAUGUUUGUUUGAAUGUAUAUAUGAGUAUAACGGUACUUGCAACUAAAUACACUGAACGUAUACGUAACGUUUCGGUGUGCGUGCAAGCGUUUGUGUAUUUGUAAAAGUAAUAGCGAGCACGUGCUUAGUGGUAAUGACAUACAUUUCGUGUAAUUAAAUUUUACUCUGUUUAUAUACAAUAUCGCACUUCGUUAUUUAAUCUUAUAGUUGCUACUGCUGCUGCUGCUACAGCCGCUAUUGUUGUUGUUGUUGGCGUGGUUAAUGUUAAUAUUAUUGUAGCUGUUGUUUACGUUUUUUCUUCUUCUAUACACACCUCUUUUGUUUUCUCAACCCUCAGCUCUGCCGUAUGGUGUUUUGUAUUUCAAGGAUAUUUUCAUAAUAACAACAAUAAUAAUAGUACUCAACUUAUUUAUCCAAAAACACGCAUACCAACAAACUCUUGCAAAUACAGUUUUAUAAACAACUACAACAACAACUAACAAACUACAAGAAGAGCAUCAGCAUAAAAAGAGCUGAAAACGAGAAAAUAACCGCCAGACAAAAGGGAUUAGAAUAAUAUUGGAUGGAUAACAAAUAUUAGAUUAUCUUGCAAAAUAUGCGUAUCUGACUAUUUAAGAAGAUUAGUGGAAGUUGGAUUAGUUCAAAGCAUGUGGACUAUAAUAAAGAAAAAUGAGCCACAUCGACAGUACAAUAAAAAUCAAAAUACAAGACAUAAUCCAAAGCAGCAUCUCAGAGAGUACGUAGCAGUUAAGCAUUAUUUAUCAAUCUUUAAAUAUCAGAUGCAUACAAUGCAUAUCUACCUAUUACUAUGGAUGGGAAUUAUGCUAAUUGUGGGUCUAACAGAUGCUUCGAAUUACUUUGACACCCAGGGACCCAACUUUUCACAUGAACCACCAAGUCGCAUUGAAUUUACAAACACUGCUGGUAAUAUUGCAGAUUGUAUAGCACACGGUAAUCCUCCACCUAAUGUUGAGUGGUUAGACAAGGAAAACAAUCCUAUUACAUCUAUCUCAAAGGUUCGACAUAUCCUAGCAAAUGGCUCAUUGUAUUUUCCUCCAUUUGAAGCUGAUGAAUUUCGGCAAGAUGUUCAUUGGUCAGUAUAUCGGUGCGUAGCAAUGAAUGCCGUCGGUUCCAUUGUAUCGCGUGAUGUAGUCGUGAAAGCUGUGGUUAAUCAACGUUAUGAACCGGAAGUACAAAAUCCUGGUGGGUUUAUUGGCAGUAACGUCUUAAUCAAAUGCAAUAUACCAUCCUUUGUGAAAGAGUACGUAACGGUCACAUCAUGGUUACAAGAGCCCAACUUUAAUAUUUAUCCAUCACUGGAAGGAGAUGGUAAAAAUCACAUGCUACCGACCGGAGAACUACUGGUGUACAACAUUACACGCACGGAUGCUCUUAAAAUUUAUCGCUGUCGUACACAUCACAAAUUGACGCAAGAUUCGGUUGUAAGCAGCAAUGUGGGCAAAAUUCAAUUGACCGAAAUGCGAGAAUUGGUGCCACCGAUAAUGAACGAAAAAGUUGUAAGCAUCACUGCACGAGUGGGCGAUCCCGUGGUGGUACCAUGUGUGGCAUAUGCAAAUCCCAAGCCGGUAUAUCGUUGGCAUACUAAACGACCAAAUAACGAAGAAUCUAUUCAGCAUUUGUUGGCAACAGGACGGGCUAAAAUUAAGGAUGGUACUCUGAUUAUAACCGCAGUGGACAAAUCAGACAACGGUGCUUUCUAUUGUACAGCGACCAAUUCAGAGGGAAGUGAAACUCUUGAAGUGCAAAUGUCAGUUACGUCACCACUGACAGCAGCUAUACAGCCCACUGUGCAGACAGUAAAUUUAGGAAAAACUGCAGAUUUGAUUUGUAGUAUUUCGGGGUUUCCAAAACAAACCAUCUCCUGGUUAAAGGAUGGCCAUCCACUGAGAGCGGGUGCCAGGGUACGUUUGCUGUCUAAAGAACAUAUGCGUAUUACCUCAAUUACGAAAGAAGAUAAAGGCAUGUACCAAUGCAUGGUAAAGAAUGACUUGGAAUCUGUACAAGCAACAGCAGAAUUAAAACUAGGAGAAGUGGCACCACAACUUAUCUACAAGUUUAUAGAACAGACAAUGCAACCAGGACCAUCUGUUUCAUUAAAAUGCAGUGCAAGCGGCAAUCCAACACCAAAAAUUGUUUGGCAAUUGGAUGGUUUUCCAUUGCCUAAUAAUGACCGACUUAUGAUUGGACAAUAUGUAACAAUGUUCGGUGACGUCAUUAGUCAUGUUAAUAUAUCGGCUGUCAAGUCGGAAGAUGGUGGCGAUUACGAAUGUAAAGCAAUUUCUCGCGCUGGUGAAGCAUCACAUACUGCUCGACUGAAUAUUUAUGGUAUGCCUUAUGUAAGACCGAUGCCAAAGUUGUCUGCAGUAGCUGGAAAAACAUUUUUCCUUAAAUGUCCUGUGGCAGGAUAUCCAAUUGAUAGUAUAAUCAUAGAAAAAGAUGGCGUAAAACUUCCCACAAACAUAUGACAGCGUGUUCAAAAUGGCACACUACUGAUAGAGAAUGUUCAGCGCACCGCCGACCAGGGUACCUACACAUGCAUUGCCCGCAACAAACACAAUUACACUUCCCAACGUUCGGUAGAAGUUAAAGUCCUUGUUCCGCCACGUAUUUCACCCUUUAGUUUUGAAGAUGAAAUAACCGAAGGUAUGCGUACGCAACUCAUGUGCUCGAGCAGUCAAGGUGACCAGCCUUUCAAUAUUACUUGGCUCCGGGAUGGUGUUCCCAUACAAAGUGGCAAUGUGGAUGGCCUUAACAAUCAACAUGAUUCGCAUAGCGGUGCCGGUGGUAAUGGUGUUUUUAAAUCACCUGAUCCUUCGUUGACAAUCAAUGAGUAUGCGCCCUUCUCAAGCAUUCUCUCCAUACACAAUGUCACAUCUCGUCACAAUGGCAACUAUACAUGUCUCGUAACAAAUCGUGCUGGAUCUGUCGAAUAUGUGGCCAUGCUUUCCGUAUCCGUGCCUCCACGAUGGAUUAUAAAACCAGCCGAUCAAGAUGCCAUUCUGGGCAAUCCGGUUGUAAUACGUUGUCAGGCGGAUGGUUUUCCAGUACCGACAGUACAAUGGAAACAAUCAAUUGGAGAUUCUGGAGAAUAUAGAGAACUUAGUUAUAGCAUUCCUAAUGGCAACUCUAAAUCAGUGAUCGAAACUCACAACAAUGGAUCUUUAAUAAUACCAAAAGUAGGACGAGAACAUGAAGGUAGUUAUUUGUGUCAAGCAAAUAAUGGCAUAGGUGCUGGUCUCAGCCAACUUAUUAAACUGACGGUUCAUGUGGGCCCUACUGUUACGGUAUCGAAGAAACAAGUCACUGUUAGAAGAGGUGAUCGUGUUACAUUGCGUUGUGAGGCUGAUGGCGACCAACCUUUGGAUAUAUCAUGGCGUGCCAAAGCUAAUCGUAUUGAUCCUUCAUUUGAUGUUCGUUAUCAUAUAAAAGAUUCGCCUCUAAGUCGGGGUAUAGUUUCGGAGUUAACUAUAUUGCAGACUAUACUCAGCGAUCGUGGGGAAUAUACUUGUAUUGCCAGCAAUUCAUAUGGUCAUGACCGGGCUGUUAUACACUUACAGGUUCAAGAGCCUCCUAAUUUUCCCGUCAAUUUACAUGCAACUGAUUUAGGAAGUCGCUCCGUGACUCUGGCUUGGUCACCCAAUGACCAGGACACAGUGUCGUUAGGUGGCAACAAUCGAGAUUCUCAGCCUAUAUCAAAUUAUAUAUUGCAAUACAAAAAAGCUGGAGAUGUUUGGCAUGAGGGUAACAAUCAAAAACUUCUACCAGGCGAUAAAACUACCGCACAAAUUGGUUCUUUGCGUCCAGCUCAGGCGUAUCAUUUUCGUUUAUAUGCUGAAAAUCAUUUAGGCACUAGUGCGCCUAGUGAUAUACUGCUGGUACAGACAGAUGCAGAGGCUCCUAGUGGUAGACCCCAAGAUGUAUCCGCUGAACCAUUGGGACCACAGCAGCUGCUUAUUACUUGGCGUCCACCGGAGCGUGACACCUGGAACGGCGAACUUUUAGGUUAUACAAUUGCCUACCAAAAACAUGGUUCUUCGGAUAAUUUUCAAAACUUUACAAAGGUUAGCAGUCUCGGUGGUGAAGGUCUUAAUG